CUUAUCUUGGUGUGUAUUGGCAGUGUCGACGUGAAGUCUAGACUUCUAUUUUUAGGGAACUUUGAACCUCGUCAAUGGAUUGGUUAUCCAGCUUUAGCAGGACGAUUGCUCUUGGACUACAUCCUAGCUCGGUUUUAGAGUGCUUUGAGGCAUCUCAAUUCUUUGCCGCCUAGUCUCGUAUAGCCACAAUCAGGCAUCAUAUUUUCAGCGCCUAGGCAACAAUUAAGCGCCGCCAACAAUUCACCAAGGCAACCAAAUAUUCGAUUAUAUUAAGGUGUCUACAGCAUCCAAGCAGUAGGACGAUAUUCAUUCAGCAUCACAGCUUGGUCACGAUCCAUAUCCUCAUAAACUACUUUUGCUUCUUCCAUCUUACAUCUACAUCGCACUACCCUCCACACAAACAAAUAACACACACACAAUGGACUCCUCAUCGCUCCAAGAAGCCCCUGCUAUCCCUUCCCUCAACCUGAUGGACCUCCCCACAGAACUCCAUCUACAUAUUUCCACAUAUCUCCCUUACCCAGAUGCACUAGCAUUGAAACACACCUCUCGUCAUUUCUACUCUCUCGUCUACACCGGGGUCCACCUGAAGGUCGACUGGUUUGUGGAACGCUUUUCACAGAAACUCGAUUGUCCAAUGGAGAAAUGCUCGUUCCGGACGGACGAGGCGUUCUGUAAUAAGACAAUUCGAGUGAUCAUGGAGCGCAGAAGACGGCAUCUGGAGUGUAGGGCACAACCCGGUGGGUGUCUGGUCAUUGAGGGGAGGACGUGUCGGAAGGAUCUGCUUCCAUUGUGGAUGAAGAAACGGGGUCGUUGGGAGAUGGUCAGGUCUUUUGGAAAUGAAGCUUUGAUCCACGGGCUUAUCUUUCUCUGUGUGUUUUUGCUUUGGAAUAUGAGUGCAAGGCUUUUUAACCGCGCGGUGGUGGCAGUAUAACGGCGGCCAUUUAUACGUCCAACAGCCCUUCAGUUGCCUAACAUGAUGCAACUUAUUGGAUACUUAACGGGAACCCAUGUCGGUAGCAGCUGGCUGCUACUUUGUGCGAUGCACUGAUACGACAUCUACGAGGAUACGACGACACGAAACACACAUCCAGGAGAGGAUAUACCUGGGUCAGCCAUGUAAUACAUAAUCAUCUGAAAGCAAUAUAUGAUAUACAUCUACCUU